AUGAGUUCGGAUGUUAUUAAGAGGAGAUCUAGAGGGAAAGAAAAUUUGUCAUUUAAUAGGAAUUCCUCUAAGUUGAAUUCUAUCACUUAAGUUAUUGAGAAAUCAUAACAAUUUCAGAAUCUCAAAUUAACACUGGGAGAAUAUUGGGGAUAAGUCAAAUUAAAUAAGGCAAAUGGAAUAGGGUCAUGUCAUUUCAAUACAGGAGGAUUUUAUUAUGGAGAAUGGAAAAAUAAUGUAAUGAAUGGAGUGGGAAUAUACUUUUUUAAUGUUGGCGGAUACAUCAAGGGCGAGUUCUAUGAUGGAAAAGCCAAUGGAUAUUGUGAAUUAUGUUAUCAAAAUGGAUAGUUAUAUUUGGGAACCUUUAAGGAAGGUAAACAAUAAGGAUUAGGACUCAAAACAAGUAGAAGAGGGAAAGAAGUUGUCUAAUAUAAGGAUGGAAUUCGAGUAAAUGUUACUGAAGAACAAACUUAAUAGGAAGAUAUUAAUUAGUUAUUGAAAACUUAAUUGCCAUAAAUAUACUCUCAUAAUGACAGAACUGUGUAUGGAUUGUAAUGCGAUUUAACAGGUUUAGGGAUCAUCCAGUAUAAAAAUGGCAGGGUUGAUAUGGGACAAUUUCAGAAUGGUUUCUUAAAUGGAAGGGGAAGAAUAAUCUUCAAAAGUGGAGAUAUUUAUGAUGGAUAAUUGCAAAAUGGACAUUUUUAAGGUUAAGGAUUCUACUUAAAUUACAAUUCUAAAUAAAUGACAGAGGGGAUUUUUGAGAAGAACUAAAUAGUGUCUAUUCUAAAUUAGUUCAUUCAAUAUCCUCCUAAAGGAAAUGAUGAAUAAUGUAUUGUUGAUCAAAGAAUCAUUAUCAAAAAUGUACAUCUCAAGACUCGAGGAGUCAAUGCGGAUUCUCAAUAUAAUUCUGGGUAAAAGACUACCAAAGUAAAUAAAAUAUAAAAUUUGAUUCAACAAAUGCUUAAUCCAAUUAAAAAUAGUAUCAAUAGUGAAAGUGGUUAACAUGAAGUUGUCUUGGACAAUCUAUUAUCUAGAGUGUAGUCACCUUAGUAAAGAAAGAAUCUGGAGUAGAUCAUUAAUUAAGUUACAUCACCCUAAAGAAUAAGAUGA